AUUGAAAACAACACGUGCGAAGGAAUUGUGCAUUUUGUUAAUUAAAAUAAUAGUUUAUUUAAUACAGAAAAACUUAAAAAAAUAACAAAAAUGAAGCGUAAAAAUGUAAAUGUAGUACCAACAAAUGUGUCCGAAGAAGAGUCUUCAGAUGAUGAGCAACAAAUAACAGAUGACGAUUUAGAAAUGGAUGGUGAUGAGGAAGAAAGUGUAAUUGAUAAUGAUGAAGAAGCUGAAGAUAGUGACAACGAGGCUUUAGAUGCCAGUGCCACAGAUUCCGAUGAGGAUGGAAGUGAUGUUGAGUCAGAUACUAAUGAGGAUCAAGAGGAAGUCGUACCACAAAAAUCAAAAAGCGAAAAGGUUAAAGAAGAGAUAUUGCAAAGAUACGAACAAAGACAUGGUAAACAAUUAUACAUACGCUUUCCUCACAAAGUUCCUGAAACACAGGAAGCUUUAGAUGAGAAGGUUAAAGAACUAACACCCUUAGUAGUGAAAGUACACAAGCCUCGUCAAAGGCAUGUACGGUUUUGCUUAGUCGAUUUUGCCACUAAUGAAGAUCGUGAUGCUGCUUUAAAUGAUCUUAACAAAUCCAUUAAAGAAGGUACUUUGGAGAAAUAUGUUGUAAAAAUACCACGCACAGAAAGCUCAGAUUUUGUAAGUGAAUUGGCCGAACGUAAAAUAAAAUCUAUUGAAAAUAAGAAAGCUAAACUUCGUUUGAAAAAGGCCAGCAAAAAGUCUUUGAAAGAGAAUAAUUUCACAUCCACUGUUAUAGUUCUAAAUCUGCCGAAAACGGCAUCACUUUUACAGGUACGUGAACUAUUUAAAAAUGCUGUCGACAUAAAUAUUAAGCCGGGCAAAGGCAAAAUUAAUAAAGACAAGUGUAUAGCUGCUAUUACAUUGCCCACUACUAUGGAUGCUAGGAAUACUAUUAAGAAGAAGUUAUCUUUGGAAGGCAAUCAAUUGAUUAUUAGGUUCGAUAAUCAAAAGUCAAAGAAAAAACGGAAGUCUGAUAAAACGAAAAACAUUGGAAAUAAAAAAGAUGAGCAAAUUAAGGAAGAAUCGGAACGAAAAUUAGAAACAUCUUCUAAUACUACAAAAGAUGAAAGUGUAACGGAAAAUGAAACAGUAAAAAAAAUUAAUACCAAUAAAGGUAAGAAAGGUAAAAAAAACACUGUUGAAAAUAAGCAAACUAAGGAAGAAUCAGAGCCUAAACAAAAGAAACCAAAAUUAGAAACACCUUCUAAUGCUACAAAAGAUGAAAUUGUAACGAAAAAUGAAGCAGUAAAGAAAAUUAAUAACAACAAAAGUAAGAAAGGUAAAAAAAAUACUGUUCAAAAUAAGCUAAAAGUAGCAACAAAAUAAAUAUAUUGGCAUAACAAAAAAAGAAA